ACACGGUACCAGCCAGUAUGUUGCCCACCGUUACCCUCAGUUUACCAUGGCUACCGGCUCUGGUCGGCCAGAUUGCAUGGAGACGUUCCGCGGUUUCCCACCUCGAGACGGAAAAUCGACCCUUUCGUUCUGGCCUUAUUCAUCCAUAGAGUAAUCCGGAAGGUCACGUUUGAUUCUUCACUCCCUCGCAAGGGCAGUGUUUCCAAGACCACAAAUAGCGCAAUCACACGAGAUCUGUGUCGACGCCUCGAAGCUGGGAAAUAUGCGAGAAUCAAGCAAGAAAUAACCCACUACAAGGCUUAUACCCCUGAAUGGCGAGCAAAAAACCCUCAGCGGUGGGGCUGGAACUAA